AUGGCGUCCCGUUUCUCGAGCCUGAGAAGGCCCGUCGCCAUCGCCGCCGCCGCCGCCACUGGUGGUGUCGUCGCCUACUCGACUUUCCUCAGCGGUCGCGGGGCUCACAGCUUCGACAAGCCGCUUGUGGAGCUGAAGCGCGACAACCAGGGCAAGAUCGUGCCGCCCUCGUUCCCCUCCACCAAGGAUCGCGCCUCUCAGCUGGCCGACCUGCGCGCUCACAACUCUGAUGCUCAGGAGUACGACCUGCUCGUCAUUGGUGGUGGUGCUACCGGUACCGGUAUUGCUCUCGAUGCCGUCACCCGCGGCCUGAAGGUCGCUCUUGUCGAGCGCGACGACUUCUCCGCCGGCACCUCGUCCAAGAGCACCAAGCUCGUCCACGGCGGUGUCCGCUACCUCGAGAAGGCCGUCUGGAACCUUGACUACUCCCAGCUCGAGCUCGUCAUGGAGGCUCUCCACGAGCGCAAGACCUUCCUCAACGUCGCCCCGCACCUGUCCUCGUCCCUGCCUAUUCUCCUGCCCAUCCAGAAGUGGUGGCAGACCCCCUACUUCUGGGCCGGCACCAAGGCCUACGAUCUCCUCGCCGGUUCCCAGGGUCUCGAGAGCUCCUACUACGUCUCCACGAACAAGGCCCUCGAGGCCUUCCCCAAGCUGCGCCGCGACAACAUGGUUGGUGCUCUGGUCUACUACGACGGCCAGCACAACGACUCCCGCAUGAACGUCUCCCUCGCUCUGACCGCUGCGCUCUACGGCGCAACCGUCGUCAACCACGUCGAAGUCACCUCUCUGGAAAAGAACUCUAACGGCAAGAUCACCGGCGUCAAGGUCCGCGAUGUCAUGACUCCCGGCGGCGACGCCUUCACCGUCCGCGCCAAGGGUGUCAUCAACGCGACCGGCCCCUUCGCUGACGCCAUUGAGCGCAUGGACAACCCCGAACGCAAGCCCAUUGUUGCCCCUGCCUCGGGCGCCCACAUCAUGCUGCCUGGUGACAUCUGCCCCAACGGAAUCGGUCUGCUUGACGCUGCUACCUCGGACGGUCGUGUCAUCUUCGUGCUGCCUUGGCAAGGAUACACUCUGGCUGGAACCACGGACAAUGCUGCCCCCGUCGAGCGUGAGCCCAUCGCCCGCGAGGACGAUAUCAAGUUCAUUCUCAAGGAGGUCAACAAGCUCAUCACCCCCGAAUCCGCCCUAACCCGCUCUGAUGUUCUUGCUGCCUGGUCUGGAAUCCGCCCCUUGGUCAAGGACCCCAACGCCAAGAACACCGAAUCUCUCGUCCGCUCCCACCUCGUUACCGUCUCCGACUCCGGCCUGCUUACCUGCGCCGGCGGCAAGUGGACCACCUACCGCCAGAUGGCCGAGGACGCCGUCGACGAGGCCAUCACGACCUUCAAGCUCCAGCCCAAGCCCGUCACGCUCCCUGAUAUCUCCGGUGCCGGUCUCCCCGCCUUCACCACCACCGGCAAGUGCAUCACCACCAACAUUCCCCUUGUCGGUGCCCACGGUUUCUCCAAGCACCUGCCCAGCCACCUCAUUUCGCAGUUCUCCCUCGACGUUGAUGUCGCGAACCACCUGGCCCACAACUACGGCGACCGCGCCUGGUCCGUCGCCGCUGUCUCUUCCGAGCGCAUCAUCCCCAACUUCCCCUUUGUCGUUGGCGAGAUCCGUCACGGUGUCCGCGCCGAGGCCGCCUUGACCGCUACCGACCUGAUCUCCCGCCGCACCCGUCUCGCCUUCCUGGAUGCCGAGUCUGCCCUCCGCGCCUUGCCCCGCGUCAUUGACGUUAUGGCUGAGGAGCUCGGCUGGAACGAGGCCCGCAAGAACAAGGAGUGGACCGAGACGGUCCACUUCCUCCAGUCGAUGGGUCUGUCCGCCGACAAGCUCAACGUCACCCGCGAGGAGGUCCUCAGCAGUGGCGGCGCCAAGUCGGGGUACGCCCCCAAGGCCCAGGUCGCCGCCUCCGCCAGCGGCUUCAAGACCGGUCUGGGCGACAUCCAGGCUGGUGGUGCCCUGGCACGCAACAUCACUGAGGCAUAA